AUGGCCGACCUCGUCCGAAUCCUACCGUCCUUCCCAACCGGCAACUUCUCUGGCCUUCUCCCCACGAUCGAGAACCACUCCCUCACCACCGCCGACCUGCUCACCUUGCACCCGGGCGACAUAGCCAAGCAGACCCGACUGCCCAUUCUCGACCUGAAGCGUCUCGUCGCCGCCAUACAAGCAUGUCUUUCCGAUGACGUCGGUCCUCCAAAGAAGCUCACUUCUCCUCCUGUUCCUCCUCCUCCUCCUCCUCUUUCCACCAUCGCACCAUCAUUAAGGCCACCGUCAUCAUUGAUCAGCACGCUGGACCCUGAUCUGGACGCCGCUCUGGGCGGAGGCGUCCCGACAGGUCGGAUUACCGAAUUCGUCGGCGAGAGCGGUGUGGGAAAGACCCAAUUCCUCCUAUCGCUGUCGCUGGCCGUCCAGCUCCCCAGCCCGCACGGCCUGUCCCGCUCGGCGCUGUACAUUUCCACCGAGUCCGGACUCCCCACGACGCGGCUGGUGCAGAUGCUGAGGACCAACCCGACGCUGGUGGCCGCCUCUUCUUCUCCUCACCAGGACGGCCGCCCCUCGUCGGACAAUAUCCGCUGCACCGUCCUCGCAGACCUCGAGUCCCAGGAUCACAUACUGCAGUACCAGCUCCCCGUGCUGAUAGACCGUCACGACGUAGGGCUCGUGGUCAUCGACUCCGUCGCGGCCAAUUACCGCGCCGAGUUCGAGCGGCACGACGGUCAGGAGGCCCAACCGGCACCGUCGCGCGGCUCCAACAUGGCCGCCCGCAGCGCCGACCUCGUCCGUCUGGGCGCCCUCCUUCGCGACCUGGCCCGUCGUCACAACCUGGCCGUCGUGGUGGCGAACCAGGUGUCCGAUCGCUUCUCGUCCCCGUACCCAUCCUCUUUCCUUCCUCGUCCCGCGUCCUACCCCUACGCUACGCAGGAGACGCCCCUGGCCUCGCGGGGUACCAGGAUGCCGAGCAGCAGCAUUAGCAGCAGCAUGGGUAUGGAUGCCACGCCUUUCUUCAUGCCUCCCGCCGAGGACCCUCCCCCGCCGCCCGUCCUCGCCCUCGACCAUCAGCAGAGGUGGUUCACUGGGUGGGGAGAUGAUCCGACCGACGGUCUGCCGCCCAAGAAUCCCAGUCUGGGGCUCGUGUGGACCACGCAGAUCGCCUGCCGUGUUGCCUUGUUCAAGUCGCCUGUUUACGGCCAGCCGAGACGUAUAGCUCCUCGUGUUACGACUGGUGACGACGACGGCGGCGGCGGCGACGACAAUGACGGUUGCAGCCAUGCUGCAGAAGCGGCGGCGCCUACACUGAGGACUUGGAAACGAUGGAUGAAGGUCGUUUUCGCUCCGCAUACGAGGGCUUCCGGCAAAGGAACGGAUGGGGCUGUCAGAUUCGACAUUACGCCUUCUGGUCUCAGGGCUGUCAAGUAG